UAUCUCUGCUUUGUUUCCCUCUUCCGUGUCAAAAAAAAAAAAAGUUGUGUGUUUUGCCUUUCUGGGUUUCUUGAUUUCUAUACGUAAUUUCCUUGUAAUCCCACCUUAAUCGUCAAACUUCCCUGGGGAAAGCUUUGUGUUUUGAUAUAUGGUUGGACCAUUUUAAGUGAUUCUAAAAUCUCCAGUACAGAUCUUUGCGUUUUCAAUCUCAACCUCACGAUCUGUCUUUUAUCAUCUAUUGCAACAACAACAACAACAACAACAUAAGAGAAAAAGAGUUUUGUGUGUUGCAGCUUUUAUUGGUUUUGUAAGAGGAAAAGGACUUAUAAGCAGUUGAGAGUGGUGGUUGAGGUUUCGGUUUCAUUUCCACGGGAUAAGUUUGGGUUUCUUGUUCAUCUUCCCACAAGAAAGCUGUUUCCUCCUUCUUGUGAUUCCUUCGCCUAAUUUUUAAUUUUGUUGGGUGGAUUUAAAAACCCCCCACAGAGUCUGUGUUGUAAUCAUCGAAUCCGUGUGUUUUGGUUUACAAUGGAACCAUCAUCUGGAGUCGGUGCUGAGAAGAGACCAAUGGUUGACUUGGUCAAGGAUAAAAAUGGAACCGAUCAGAUCCUUCUUCAGAAUCCUAAAGGCGCUUCUGUUAAGAUUAGUUUACAUGGAGGACAAGUUCUUUCUUGGAAGACUGAAAAGGGUGACGAAUUGCUAUUCACCAGCACCAAGGCCAACUCGAAGCCUCCCCAUCCGGUACGAGGAGGAAUCCCUAUAUGCUUUCCUCAGUUUGGAACUCGGGGAUCACUCGAGCAACACGGAUUUGCAAGAAACAAGAUGUGGCUUGUGGAAAACGACCCGCCUGCUUUACCUUCAUUUGACGCAACCGGCAAAGCCUAUGUUGAUUUGGUACUUAAGUCAUCUGAUGAAGACACAAUGAGGAUCUGGCCUUACAGCUUUGAGUUUCACCUAAGAGUCUCACUGGCACUAGAUGGGGACCUAACACUGAUAUCACGAGUCAGAAACAUCAAUUCAAAGCCUUUUAGCUUUUCCAUUGCCUACCACACUUACUUCUCCAUUUCCGAUAUAAGUGAAGUUAGACUUGAAGGGCUGGAAACUCUGGACUAUCUUGAUAACUUGCAGGAGAAAGAGCGGUUUACAGAGCAAGGCGAUGCAUUAACCUUUGAAUCUGAGAUCGAUAGAGUGUACCUAAACUCUAAAGACGUGGUUGCGGUUUUCGACCAUGAAAGAAAACGCACAUUCCUCAUCAGGAAAGAAGGUCUGCCUGAUGUCGUGGUAUGGAAUCCAUGGGAGAAGAAGGCUAGAGCACUGACAGAUUUGGGAGAUGAUGAGUACAAACACAUGUUGUGUGUUGACGGAGCAGCCAUUGAGAAACCCAUUACCUUGAAACCAGGUGAAGAAUGGACUGGGAAAUUACACCUCUCGCUUGUCCUAUCCACCUAAAAAACGGUACCGGCUUGACUCUUGAGUCUCUGUUCCGAGUGUGACUUUCAUUUACCUUUUGAGCUAUUUUUUUUUAAUUUCUUUGCUGUAUAGUCAGUCUAUUAGAAGAACACAUCAUCACAGUGUAUGGUGAUUCUUCAGUAUCAGAAUCCGAAAUAUUAAAAAGGAAACCUGAGAUUUGAAAAAAGGUCACCCAUUUUUUAGGAAGUGACUAAGAUCCUGGUUUUGUGCGUGAUUUAACUUGUGUAUCAAGAUAUUGUUAUACUACUAUAUGAAAUUUGUAUUUCAUCUUUAUUUUUUUA